AUGGAGAUGAAUUUUGAAUAUAGCCUCGGAAAAAGGUCGCUGCCUGAGGGUGAUCGUCAGGGCAUAUCUGGAGCCGGCGCUGGAUAUGACAGCAUGCGGGACGUCGGUGGCAGGGUGCUGAGGAGGCGGGCCCCUGUCGUCCAAGAAGCAACAGCCCCCCAACAAAGUGGUAGCCAAACAACAACUAGUGCCACCGCUGCCGAAAGUGCUGCACAGGAAUCUCAGCCAGUGCUCACUCAAGCAGGUCUCCCUAGAAGACGUAUAAAGUGGACGGUGUCCAUGAAUGAGUCAAUCAUGCGAAUCUUCUACAAAGUUACCAACCUAGGUAGAGAAACAAUCGGCUACAGACCACGACUUCAUACCGCUUUCUGUAGUGAAUAUCCGGAGAUCAAAGUAUCUCAGCAGAGAGUGGCAGACCAAUAUCGAGUGAUAAUCAAAAAUAAUCUUAUCCCACAACCACGGCUGAAUGCCAUCAAACAGGAAGUGCAGCUUGAUCUUAUGCAACAAGAAGGGAGUAAUAACGAAAUACGCGAUAAUGGUCAAUCUGAGCAAGAACAGAUAGAAAGUGAACAGCCUGGAGUUGACGACAGUAAUGAUCAAGACACAGAAAUAUUUGGUAUAUUAAUAACUGAAAUGGGUAGAGCAUAUGCCGAAUUUGAUGGAACGAACCCGCUAGAAAGACCACCAUUACCAAAGUUGAAGUCAUCUAGAAAGCUUGCUGUGGUAUUGUGUCAGUUAAAUAAACAGAUCCUGCCAGAGUAUCUAGCACACUCCAACUGUAUAGAACAACUUCACACACUGAUAUACUGUGCAGCUGUUGCAACAGUAAGAACACUUGGUGUCAAAAUGCCAACUCAAAAGAUUACUGAAAAUUCAGUAAAACCAAUAACACCAAAAUGGGAAAAACGUCUGGAAAGAAGAACGGCAGAAAUUCGCAGAGAUAUCGGACGUCUUACCCAAUUCACACGAGGAAUAACAACUCGAAAAGUCCGAAAGCAAGCUAUGGAAAUAAUGCAACGACUCCACCAUCAUUCUCACCAAGACGCAACUAACAUCAACGAGUGGCAAUGCCUUGAUACCUUGAAGCAAAAACUGUCCGUAUAUACUCAGCGAUUGAAAAGGUAUAAAGCGUCCAGUCACAGAAAGCACGACAAUGCGCUCUUUCAACGAUCCGAAAAGGCAUUCUACAGGAAACUGUCAUCCGAACCCCAGGAAAAGAGCAAAACGGUGCCCACAAAGGACCAAGUAGAGGAAUUUUGGGGCAAGCAGUUUGGCUCGACAGCUUAUUACAACAAGUGUGCAGGAUGGAUUACAGAUGAAGAAGCGAAGAGCCAUUAUUGCAAUCCCAUGCAGUAUAGGGCAUAUACCAAACAAGAAAUCGUGGAUAUCGUUAAGCAGUUGCAUAAUUGGAAGGCCCCGGGCCCAGACCAGAUUCAUGGCUACUGGAUAAAGAAGCUUUGGUACGGCUGUCAGGACUCCGAAACAAUACAGCACGUAACUGGUGGAUGCCAAGCAUUCGCUCCAACGGACUAUAAGGAGCGCCACGACAUAGCUGCCAAAAUCAUUCACCAGGAGUUGGCAUACAAAUUCAAACUGAUCGAAUGCAAGCUACAGUACUACAAAUAUACACCGCAAUGUGUCCUCGAGAACGACAAGUAUAAACUAUACUGGGAUCGCACUGUGCUUACGGACCAAUACAUAAAACAAAACAGACCUGACAUAAUCAUUGUCGACAAGGACGCCCAGAAAGUAACACUGAUUGAUGUGGCCAUACCUAAUAGUAACAAUUUAACAUACAAACAUAAUGAGAAAGUUGCAAAAUACAGGGAGCUAGAAUUUCAAAUUAAACGCCAGUGGAAAAUGAAGUACGUGGAAACAAUACCAAUAAUAAUGUCAUCUACAGGGGUGAUACCAAGAAGGCUGCUAGAAAACAUCAAAGCGCUGGAACUGAGUGAAAACAUUUACAAAAUCAUACAGAAAGGAGUUUUGCUGGCAACUGCCCGCAUAGUAAGAAAAUUUAUGGGAAAUGCAAGUACCUAG